ACAGUCACCAGAAAACCUAUCCCUGCCAUCGCAAGCUUAUAACCGCGUUUGUUGGUUCUUUCUUGACAACUAGGGUCAUCAUCCCCUCCUGACCUGUUUGCGCUGCGCGGCCCGUCGCGAGGCUCUCACGUCAACAUAUACUUGCUUUCAUGCUGGCUACAAGGCCGCCCGUCGGUGCGCCCUCGCGGGGAGCCCUGUGCCGCGCGCCUCGCGCUCUGUCCCGCCGCUCGCUCUUGGCCGUGCCGCCUGCUGCGGCGCCAGCCUCGGGCCCCGGACCGGCAUCUUCGGGACCGCCCGGCCCGUCGCCAUCCUCGAGCGACUACAUAAACCCAGCGUACUUCUACGCCAACCCCUUCGCGCCAGCUCAGGGCGCAACUUCCUCCAGCUCAUCGCCCGGAUCCAGCGGCCCCAGCUCCCACGCCACUGUCCUCCGCACCGUUGACUCGGUCGUUGCGGCCGCCAGCGCAGCACGCGCCGCAGCCACCGCCCGCGCGGCCGUAGCGGCACGCUCUGCUUCCCCUUCCCCCUCCUCCUCGAGCGCUUCCAGCUCUCCCGGCAGCCAGACGCACGCCCGUGCGCCCGCGGUAUCCACAGCUGCUGCUGCCCCGUCUUCUUCCCCCGCGGCCCCCGCCGCGCAGGCCGCCUCCACCGCUCCGGUGCAGCUGUCGCCUGCAGCCGCUCCUGCGCUAGCCACCAACACCUUUGCCAGCAUGGACGAGGGAGACGCGCCCGCUGCCGCCCCUGGUGGCGUUCGGCUGCUUGUGGUGGUGGGUGUGGUCCUGCUGGACGACCCACUGUGGGACCACGAGACGGGCGAGCCCAGCAAGGGCGCCGCCGCCGCGGAUCGGCCUGUGCGGGUGCUGCUGGCUCAGCGGCCUGUGGGCAAGAGCAACGCGGGGCUGUGGGAGUUCCCGGGCGGCAAGGUGGACCCAGGGGAGACGCCCGAGGCGGCGCUGGUUCGCGAGCUGUAUGAGGAGCUGGGCAUCUCGGUGGACCCGGCGGACCUGGCGCCGCUCACAUUUGCCUCCCACACCUACCCCACCUUCCACCUGCUCAUGCCGCUGUAUGCCUGCCGGCGCUGGUCGGGCGUGCCUGUGGGCGCGGAGGGCCAGGCGGUGGCGUGGGCGGCUGCGGGCGAGGUGACGUCUUUCAACCUGACGCCUGCAGACAUACCGCUGGUACCGGCUGUGCUGGCGGCUAUGCGGCACUACCCCAGCCAGUAGGCAGGGCAGCAGAGGCGCAGCAGAGGCGCUGAGGGCUGGCCACACAGGCGGCGACGACCGCCACGCGCCAUGCGCGCAGGCGCACGUGUAGGUCAGCGGUUGGGCUGUGAUGCCGGCUGGGGACCAGCUGCGCGGUAGCUGUGGGGGCGGCUAGCGCUGCCGACUAACGCGAGCUGCAAGUUGCACAGGCAGCUCGUCGUGCUGACAGCCAGAAGCCAGGGGCAAGGCCCGGCGACGAUGGGUAGCAUAAACACGCCUGGAUGGUCCUGUGGCGGCUCGGAGGCGGAUGCACGGUUGCUUCAGUCAUGCGCACCAGCACGUGCCCGAGUGACCUACGUCAUAGGUGCUGCUUACAGCUAUGCGCUAGUUUGGAGUUUGGAACUCACAGAGAAGAGAAAACACGGUUUUGCCCAUUAUGCUUCAUUUGUGGUGUGAUUCUUGUUUCGGUGUGAUUCUUGUUUCGGGCUUGCAGACUUGCUACGAUACAGCUGCGCCAGUCGGCGGCCUGGCGCCGUCACGGCUGUUGUCUUGAUUUCGCGGUACAGGGCUGUACUUAUAUCCGGCUGUACAUUGAUUGGGAUUGCAUUUGGGAUGGUUGGAGUUAGAGAAUUGGUCCGUAACUCUGAACGUCGCAGAUUCCGAUGGCGUGUGCCAAAGCGACUUACAUAUGAUUGGCUGUAGGCUCUGAAGGCUGUGCCUGCGUGCGGUAACGUUGCGAGGCUCUUGGCAUCUAGGUGCCGACCCGUAGAUGGGGGAUCGUGCCAGAUGGUAGGGUAGGACGCGCAGUCGGAAAGGACAUGGCGGCGCUUCGUUGCAGCGGGAACACCUAGCAUGUGUGGCGGCGGUCUGACAGACAGGCAUGAGAUCGGACGAGCUAGACGUGUGGGUCAGCAGAGAUUGGUCGAGGUUCUCCCGAUGUAAUACGCAGUCGGA